AUGACUUUAUUUCAUUUCGGAAAUUGUGUGGCUUUAGCGUACUUUCCUUAUUUUAUUGUCUACAAGUGUUCUGGACUGUAAGUUGGUGGAGUUUUGUGUAUGAUUUGGCGUGUUCAACGAUUCGAAAAUUUUAUCUCUCACUGACUUAUCGCGAUUUUUGAGAUCAUUAGAACGAUCAGUUUUUAUCUUGUACUUUUUCUUAUUGUAGGUCAGAGUACAGUGCAUUUUGGAGAUGUGUGAAGGCAGGGGCUGCGUAUCUCGUAACACAACUUUGUAAGGUAAAAACCGAUUCUUCUAGAGUUGAAUGAUUCAACCUUGCUUUUAAAAUUUAAUUAGUACAUGUGAGUAGCAGUCAAAAUAUGGCACACCUUUAUUUAGCUUACCAGUGGCUAUAAAUCGGUAAUCUUCAUUUGUACAUAAAAUUUUGUUGUAACAAGGAAAUAUUUUAUGCACUGAGAGCGCCAUCACCUAUCGAUCAUGAUGACGAGACUUAAGUCACGCGACUUAUAAUUAGUUUUGCCAGUUUGCGUGUAUGUGCUUAUACAGGACAAUUGAAAAUCGAGACAUCUUAUCGAAAGAAAAUUCUUCAAAUGAAUUUGAGAUUCGGCAUUAUCUAUUGAUUUGAUGUUGUAUGACCUAAAAUCAGUUCUUACCCCCUCACUCCCAAGAUCUCAUUAGUAAUUAUCCUUGCUGUCUACCAUUAAAGUCUCAUAAUGUUGGUUUAGAGAAUUUGGUAUUGGGUCAACUAAUAAUCCUCUGAGUGGUUUUUUUUUUCAUUCUCAUCAGUUGUAUGCUUGAUAUUGUAAGGAGAAGUUCUGUCUUGGUCACUCCUGGGAGUUAAAGAUUCACCUAUAAUUUUGUUUUGUCUUUAAUAUUCUUAAAAUAAAAAAUUUCAGUUUUAAAUUUAAGCUGUCUGAUUGAGGAAAUUCAGAGUGACUUUAUGAACUUGCCAGAUUUGUGCACAUUUAUUCACUUAGCAUCCACAAAAUGUAAAAUGUUGUCUGUCAUGCCCAGGUGGAUUCAGCACAGUUUGAGGUGUAUUUGGGUUUCAAAAUUUGUCAAUCUAACAGUGUUUUUUGAGAGAUUUUGGCAUGAAGUAGAGUGUCUCUGUGAAUGAGUUGACACUGUAGUUGUAGUGUUAGUUUUUUAACCUUAAUUGGUCUUUAUACCAAAAAGCUACAUGCUUUCAAGUUGUGAAAACAUAUUCUAGUCUGUGUCCAGUUUUUUGUGAUAAAGUAUAAUGUGGGAGUUUGACAAGCUAGAAAAGUUUUAAGAAAGAAGAGGAAUAAAAAAGGUUUAAAAUACCUGUUGAUAGAACAGAGACAGGAUAAAAGUGACAAAAUCAAUAAAAGUGACAAAAUCAAUCAAUAAACAAUUAAGGGAACAAGAAUGGAACAGUCUGCAGUCUACAUGUAUGAGUAAAUCUGGCUUUUUCUGUCAUAAUUAUUUCCUGACUGUCUAUUUUUUUUUACAGAUGUUGGUAUUAGCAACUUUCUUUCCCACAUCAGAUGUUUCUGCAGGUCAUAUCGACUUUAUAGGGGUAGGUCAGCAUUAAUGCUAUAGUACUGUAUAGGAAACAUAGAGGAUCAGAUGUUUCUGCAGGUCAUAUCGACUUUAUAGGGGUAGGUCAGCAUUAAUGCUAUAGUACUGUAUAGGAAACAUAGAGGAUCAGAUGUUUCUGCAGGUCAUAUCGACCUUAUAGGGGUAGGUCAGCAUUAAUGCUAUAGUACUGUAUAGGAAAUGUUAUAGAGGAUUUGCUCAAAUGUAUCAGAAGCAUAAGUUGCAAAACAUAAAGAACUACACUUUUGUAACUUUCUAUUUUCCUGUUACUACAGGUGUAAUUUUGACCAUAUCAUUUUACAUAGCUUAACUAUUCUUUGCACACAAGAAAUAUUUAUACUGAGUGUCAUUUAACUUAACCUAAAGUGAUCACAUCAAUUGAUUAAACAGAAGAAAUGCUAUAGCUAUAUAUAUUUGUUAUGGGUUGAAUGGAGAGAUUUCCAGUUACUAGAGUUUAACUUUUUUAUUCUAUUUCCUCUUUCAGGAAUUUCUUAGAUCCACAGUAGACUUUGCAGAUCUUGUUGGCCUUCAUUUAGUUAUGACUAAAAUUGCUGGCAAAGGUGAAUUGAAGGUUUUAGUGGCUGGUGUUGGUAAGUUGUAGAAUCUUCUUAAAUUUUUAUAAGGCAAUGUGGAGUACAUUCAGCACAUAUCAGCUUUUAUUUGGAGAAUUAACGAUCUUUGAGAUUCAUGUACAAGAUAUUUCUGUUGCUAUUACAGUACAUGUAUGCAUUUCAAUAUAAAGAAUUUAAAAUUUGUGGUAUUGACCAUGUGCUAUGUUAUGUUGUGGGUUUUAUGAACUUGGCAGAAAACAAAGAACAGCAAAAGUAAGUUCUUUUGAAUGAUCAAGCUUGUUUGAUUCAUGAUCACAUUAAAGAAUGGCAAAAACCAGGUUGAGGCAAGAUUUAUUUUAAAGAACAAAGCAGUAGUUAAGACAUUGUAGGCUCAUGUUACCUGCUGAGAAAGCCAAUGGGAACACAACAUUUCCUUGGUUUUGUUUGCCUGCAGGGUCAGGAAAAGAAUUAUUAAAGUUGUUCAUUGAAGAGUGUCUUGGUAUUAUGACAUGUACAUCCAUGUAGCACUGGUUUUGGAGGUUACAUGCAUGUGCUUGUAGUAUUGUGGUAUGGAUCCACAGUCAAACAACAUGAUUUGGGUCUUUUUUUACUUUGAUUUAUGUAUUUAUUAUUGUUGUUGUGAUUGUUUUUUUAGGUUGGGCUACAGCUGAGCUUGUGAUGACUCGUCUCCUUCCCUUGUGGGUUGGCGCAAGAGGGGUUGAAUUUGACUGGAAAUACAUACAAAUGAGUUUUGAUGCUAACGUCAGCUUGGUAAGGGUUGAUUAACUACACACAUACAGACAUGUCGGACUUGGUCAGACUUUGUAAGAGAAAAAACUAACCAUUAAAUACAAUAUAGAACAGAUAGAUUAAAAUUUGUCUUCAGUCUGUCAAGGAACUGUUCUUUCAGGUUUAUGAGUUAUGUUAAAUCCUAAUUAUUCCUGUCUUCCAUAACAAUAUUUUAAUUUCUUACUCAGAACCACGCUGCAUUAUUCUGUUUUUUGUAGUGUUACCAGUCAGUUUACUUUUUUUUUUUUCUUUUUUUGCAUUUAAUUUUGCUAUGUAUUUUUAAUUUAUUGUAUGUAUGCUGUAACUUUUUCCUCAAUGUCAAUGUGUAUUUAGCUGUAGUAGUCUUGUAUGUAAUGGGUUGUAUUAUGAAACAAAGCUGUAAGUUAAAAAAAAUAGAACACACAAACAUCUGAAGCUACAAUUAGCCCUUUAACUCCCAUGAGUGACCAAGACAGAAUUUCUCCUCACAAUAUCAAUACAAUAUCAACUAGAUAAGUGAUGAGAAUAAAGAAAAAUAUCAAUUUGGGGAUAAUAAGUUGAUCCAAUACUAAAUUCUCUGAACUAACAUUGCAAUAAUUGUGUGGUUGAUGGUGAGGAGAAUGACAAAUUUGAUCUGGGAGUUAAAGGGUUAAGAUUUAUAUUUACUUGAAAUUUUAACCACAGUCAUAUUGUAUUCAAACACAAGGUACUUAUUAUCUCUUGAGUCUCUGCAUGUGUGCACAUUCAUGGCAGCAAUUAACUAAUGUAUGUACUUUUUCAUCAUUUCAGAUUCAGCAUAUAUCUACAGCAGCUCUUGUGUGGUUAUGGAGCAGGACAGAUUUGCAGAAAUCCUUCCUGCCAAUAGUUAUGGUUUUUAUGUCUCUAACAUGCUAUAGGCCUCUUCUUAUUGAGUAAGCAUCUGUUUGUAUUAGUGUGUGUUUGUCAUAACAUAUGCUCACUUUCAUAAUUUUUUUUUCUUAAUCACAAUCAUUUAUCUAUGAUUAUUGCACUUCACAAUGUGUCUUCUCUGCUUUAGUACAGCCUUGAGCUUUCCUUCUUUCAUAUUUUACCUAAUGCAUUUAUUUUGUUUAUUUGCUGGAAUUUAUUUAUUCAUAAUUUGAGUUGUUAAUUAUUAGUUAUUGAGCUUUGUCUUUCUGAAACUUCAAAAGUACACUGUACAACUUAAGGUGACUUGACAUGUAUAUGCAUACAUUGUGGCCUGUUUUUAAAACAACACUUGUUCAGUGUACCUGAAAAAAUAAACUGCAUUUUGUUCAUCUUAUUGUAAGCCUUUGAGCCCCUUAAUAGUGGCUAGCAUCUAAUUUUUCCUUAUAAUAUCUUCCCUGAGUCACACAUUAAGGUCACAAGAAUAAAGGAAAUGUUCACCAACUAAACAAGCUCUUGAUUGUUGAACAAAUUCUCCUUGUCAGCAAUUAGGAAAUGUAUCAAGAACAGAAUAGAGAAUAUGCAUACUGCUUUUUAGGUCUAAAGUGUUAAUUUAAGGAGAAUUAUCCAUUUGUUUUGUUUUUUUCUCAGUGUUUUGAGCCAUGUAAUGGGAAUCCAAUCCUGGAGCUUGCUGCUAUUAAAAACAACUUUCACCUCCUGCAUUGGACUUGUUGCACUUCAACUGUACCUGACACUAACUGCUGGGAAACAGAUCAGGACUUAAAGAGCUUCUAUGUACAGUCAAUCUUUAAAUAAGUGCCGAUCCUAUCAACCAUGUCAUAUAAUAUAUUCUACAAAAAUAACCAAACAGUGAAAUGGUCUCAAACUUUUGUUUCACUGACACAAUUGUGUUCUUUGAUGAAUCCUAUCAAGGCCUUAGAUUUGUCACACAUAAUCAGUAAGGGAGCAAUCCAAAUUAUUUCCAGAUGUGAGGCACUAUUUCAUCAUUCUCCAUGGACUGAAUUCAGUUACAUCUUAACAUGUCUUUCAUCUAGAUUUGAAUCUGUCCAUUAUUUUUAAGGCCACAAAUGAGUUAGAAACAAGUGACAAAAGGUGGCCAAAAAGAUCAUUCAGCCUUUUGAUCCUGUAUUUCAGUUCUCUUUUAAAUUAAGGUACCCAUGUUGCUUAAUCAAAGAGUUGUAGAUACUUACUUGUAUUUAUUGAAACAUUUCAAAUGCAUAAGUCAGCAUAACACCAAAUGCAUUUAAUAUCAGGAGUUAUCACAACUGUGAAUUCAGCUUCUUUAAUUAGGCCAGUUACAGGUGUAAUAUUCUAGUGUUCUUAAGAUACUUAUUUUCUUGUUUCUCAUGUGGAAACUGGACAUUUUGUUUUUGUUUGUCAGUUUUUUUUAGUACUUUCAUGACUAUCCAACUGGUUUGUGAAUACAUUUUUGGUGCAUUAAAUUAAUCAUGACAACUUGAAUGUUAAGUAAAUUUUAUCCUCCUCAGAACUCUCUAGACUUCUUCAUUGAGUUAAAUAAAUGUGAAACAAGGAAACAUUUUUACCCCUUUCACCUUCUUUCUUUCCUAGUCUUUCAAUUCUUGAAUUUUUGUCUCCUUGGGUUGUAAACUGAAGAAAGAUACUGUAAACGUUACAAAAUCUUUUCACUGUUAGGUAUUGUGGCACAUUUUGUGGGCUCAAAGGGAGAAAAUUUGGUAGGCUUAACUUGGCAUUUGCUAUGGUAAAUUAUUAUUGUGCCUCUUACAGUCAAGAGAGGGUUAAUUCUUGCAUACAUGCAAGUUAGACAUAAAGUUUAGUGGUCCAUCAGUUUAGUGCAACUGUCAAUCGGCAUUAACCCUUUAAACCCUAAGAAUAACCAGCAUCAAGUUUCUCCUUACAAUAAUACUGCUGAAUCAUUCAUUGAAGAUCAUGUGAAUAAGGGAAAUGAUCACCAACUAAAGAAGCUCUCGAUUGUUUAAC